AUGGCUGAAGAAUCCAGUGUGUCGGAAUUGUUCGUAGACUCACCAUUGCCCACCAUAUAUCUGCCGCCAUAUGGUGCAUCGUUCCAGAGGGGUCAGAAAAUAGCUGCGAGGGAUAAGAGUGUCACAGCUCAAUGGGCAAACGUGGUCCUGCCGGACUAUCGGCUGCACGAGAAACAAUUCGACUUCCAGAGUCACCCUCGCUUCCCGGAGUUUAGAAGGAUCUUGAAAGAUUUGACAAUAGCUCCCCAAACACUUGCCAUUACAUCGAAGUUUAUUGCAAGUGAAGGCUCAACAGUUCUGGCGGUGGAGUCACAGCUCCUGCAUCCACUAUGGCAGUUGUUGGAGUUGAACACGCAUACAGCAUCCAAAGCAACUGCAAAGAAUAAGAACAUCAGCAUCUCCCAGUGCCUGCAGGAUGCUGCCCUUCCAGAUGAGGAGGUAUUUAUUCAACUUCAGUCAGAGCUCUGGAGCGGUAAAAACCCUCGAGACAUGGCUGGAGGUGUUCGUGCAGACAUGAUCUUUUCUGUGCUGUUCUUUCCAAAGGACUUCAGGGAGACUCGCGGAAUGAAGAAGCACCGCCAGACGCGGGACACAAUGCUGCUGACGGAGAGCCCAUUCAGUGCAAAGGAGCAACGGGGAGACACUUCGGACUCAGCCAAGCAUCCAUGGGAACCAGUUUUAUUGCCAUAUGAGGUCAAGUGCUUAAUGCUGAGUCACCAAAACCGGGUAACGAAACUAGGCCAAAUAGAUAUGAAGGCAGUCAAAGACAUUGCAGACCACCAGAUCGCGCUGGGAGGAACUAUACGCACGGGACAGUUACCCAGCCAAGGUAUAAAGGGGAUACGAUCUUCUCUUCAGCAGACACUGCGCUACUCUGUGCACUAUGACGCUAGGAGGACCGCUCUGGGAGACUACAGAAAUAACCUGGUGCUGCAGUUACCGAGCACCAUCAAAGAGGACUUGCAAAAGGCAGUAGUCGCUUCCCAGAGACGUGGCUCAGGAGGUAAAGAUAAUCAAGGGGUCCGAUCAAAAGGGAAAGAAAGGAGCAAAUUGCGGAGCAGCCAGAGGCUCAGGAAAGAAGAAGACAAGCAAAGGGAAUUUGGUGAUGAGCCGGGGGUGGGAACCUCCAAGAAUAGGCCAGAAGGAUCCAACAAGGAGGUGUCGGUCACUUUUUUGGUAGGGAACAUUUCUGAGGAGAAUGAAGCCAUACCAGUUCUUGGUUCCGAGGCGGAGGGGGAGCCAGAUAUUGAAGAUCAACCACCAUACAAGAGGGUAAAAUGGAUGUAUGCAGCGGAGGACAAGGCACGUUGCCUCCUCCUCUUUUCCUUGUGGCUUGCAGUGGACGACCUGCAUGUGUUUCUCCAAAAAGCACAUAAUAUCGACAGUAAGGAGAAGAAAGACGCUGAAGUCGCACAGGGCGAGGCUAGCCACAGACCGCAGAUGGUAGUGUCACCGAAUCUGAUCCAGGAGCCAGAAGGGAGCGGUUCGGGUCGGCAGUAG